ACGUUCAGUCACGAGUAGGUCUUUAUUUCUUGCUGCGAGACGACGGGCCAACUCUCUUGUAGCCAGCAACCCAAAGAACUGCCAAUAGAACUUGAUCGCAGGCUAUUCACUAGAUUGUUCAGCGCAAUGGCUAAGUUGAUUUGACUGACCAGCAGACUCUGGACAAAGACGUGUAUAAUUUUGAGAACUUUCCGAAUCACUUGUAAACGUUACUGUCCACUUCCGCCACAUGCUUCAACCUCGAUCCCAGGCUUUCUCUCCUCUGUCCUCACAUGUGACGUCAUUCUAUCUGCAUAAUGCUCAGAAACGAGUAAAGAUUUCAUGCAGAAAGUUUAUAAUUUGGGAUAUGCUUGCAUGUGGACUUGAUACGUACCAUGGGAAGAAAUUCUCUUGUAUGCCAUAUCUUCGUAUAUUUCCAACUUGCAUUGAUUCCAAUAGCAGAAUUCUCGCAAGACGAGUUACCUUCGACGAAUUUUGACCUGCACCCGGGCCAUUUACAACCUCUGGGAUCACAAAACGUAAAACAUUCACUUGAAGUGAUUAAUGACUUUUUAACUCCUGUGGAAUUCUUCAAAACUUACGCAGCCCCUGUUAAGCCUGUGUUGAUACGAGGUGGAGCUAAAGUCUCACCAGCUUUUACUAGGUGGACUGAUGAAUACUUCUUGUCUGUGCCCGAGUCAAGCGAUUUCAAUAUUACUGCGGAACAACGAAAAAAGGAGAUUCGAACAUUUCCUGCUAUUGACAUAAGCUUCAAGGAGUUUGUGACGACUUAUGAACAGGAGGAUAUCUACAUGGUGAACGGUGUUCCUCCGUUCCUUCAGAAGGAUGUGAUGCUGCCACCUCCACUUUUGUGUCAAGACAUUGUGAAAGACAUGUUAGUUGACACGGUCAUGUGGUUUAGCAGUGGUGGUACCAAGUCAGUCUUGCAUAAUGACGAUGUUGACAACAUCAAUUGUUUGUUCAGUGGAACCAAGGAACUUUUAUUUAUAGAUUACAAAAAAUACAAAGGCAAGGUACCAAUUGAUUUCCCUUCUGGUGGAUACUCUGGAGUAGAUGUCGAUCGAGUUGAUUUCGUCAAGUAUCCCAGUUUGAAAGAUGUAGAGUACUUUAAUGUGACCAUGGAACCUGGAGAUUGUCUUUUCAUUCCUUACAAGUGGUAUCAUCAAGUGCGGUCGUAUGAUCGAAACAUUGCUGUGAACGUCUGGUGGAAGCACCAAGCUGACUUCAUUCCGACUGACUGUGAUAUGGAACCUAACCAGACCUUAGACAAGUUUAAGUUCGCUGCUCUCGAAAAAGAAGAUUCAAGUGAUGAAGAACCAGAAGAUUUGAUGACGCAUCUGGAAUCGUUUAUCUCGCAAGGUCCUCUGACUUUCGAGACAUUUGAGGAACAGUUAAAACAAGAUUCUGUCAUGGUUGGUGAGGACCAGUUUGACUGGAAUGAACAGUUUUCAUCCGUUGCAAAGCAGAUUUUUCAAGUAUUAGACAAAGACAAAGAUGGGAUGUUUUCAAACCUUGAUGUUGAACAAUUAGCGCAAGAUGAUUCAGUCGUAAGUGUUCUAGAAAAUGAGUUGGCCAGGAUCGAAGAUUUAAUAGAGGAUCAAGUGGAGUUGAUGGAUUCUACUCAAGAACCAGAGGCAACGAAAGAUGAACUGUAAAAUGAAAAUAACAGCGCGACCGGUGUCACAAGGAAAUUCCAAACGCUAUUAGACCUAUCGUCAACGUUAAACUUCGCAGGCAAAACAGUGAUAACAUGAAUGGAUGAAAACAUCAGCGGAGUUGAUAUUUUAUUUAUUGUUUUGUCGCGAAUCAGAAAACCAGUUAAAAACGAUAAAUUAGGUAAAUAUCCACAACUAGCCACUGACACCAGUAGGAUAAAAAUCCGCAAAGAUUGACUCGGAAGACUGCUAAGUCUUAUUUCGUGAGUUCGCGCGCAAAAUGUGACCUUCGCCACGCCAGCUCGGAAUAGCAAACAAUAACCAAUCAGACUGCGCGAAAAGCACUAUCCACUAGUUUGGUAUAUACUAAUAGCCUUUAUUUAUAGACAAUAAUGCAACCUAGUUUUAUCUGCCUUGCAUGAACCGGUAACAUCGUAGAAAAUCAGUCACACUGGAUGGCACGAAUGUCGCCUGACAUCUGACAUUUUGUACAAUGUUACGCAUCCCGUAGAAUUUUUAAAUUGGGCUGCAGUUGAAAUGCAUACCUUCCAGGACAUUUCUUACGGAUGGUAAUCAGUGAGGGCUUCUUGUGCAGAUAUGGGUAUCGAGACAAUUUUUGGAAGACAGAAGCACAUAGAGCUUCUGAUGGGAGGAUGUCCGGUGAACUGUGGUCGUUGCCGGAAGGCUCGAUUUGUUUAUUUGAGCGCAGCUCAUUUUCAACCCAAGUUUCCUUUAUCACGCUCGUCUUUUUUGGUCACUCAAUUCUUUCCCUACUGGAGAGGGGUCAGAGCCAUCUUUGACGGAUGACGUAGUUCUACAGGGAAUCUGUGUAUGUCCCGGAUGGGCUGUUGCUUAGAGGCUUCAAUUUUCGCGCGCAAGUAAGAGCCAAUCAGAGAAGCUACACGAUCUCUGCAGUUAGGCUAUCGGUAAGAAAUUUUCGCGGGAAGGAAUAACGCAAUUGAAGAGGGAGGUCUAAUUAACCCGUGCAAAAGGUAAAAGUCCAUACACAGUCAAAAUAGGUCAACCUUUUAAUACAUAAAACCUACAUUUUUAAAAAUACAAUUUAACGUUUGGCUUUGAAUCAAGUAGCCUUCUAGUGGUAUGCUAUACUAAUGCGAAUCAUCAAUAAAGGAACAAUUUAAUCUUCAGGUCAAAUGCAAA